AUGAAUGAAAUUAUCACCAAUUUGUGGCUGGGUUCUUACCCGGCCAUUGAAGAUGUGCCACAUUUGUUGCGCACUGGAAUCCGAUCGAUUCUGACGGUCGAUAUGGUCCCAUUGCCGGAAACCGAAUUCAAAUAUUUUGAGUGCAAAUUUAUCGAACUACGAGACGAACCGUCACAAGAUGUUUUGGAUAUUUUAGAAGAAGCACUGGAUUUCAUCGAACAGUCAUUACGCAACGGAUCUGUGUUAAUCCAUUGCACAAUGGGCAUGUCACGAAGCGCCACGGUCACGAUUGCUUAUGUGAUGCGCAAGUUUCGUGUCUCUUACGACAACGCUCUGGAUUUGGUGAUGAAAAAACGAAUAAUUUAUCCGAACAUUGGAUUUGUCAAUCAACUGAAAAUGUUCGAAGUCAUGAAAUGGAAAGUGGACAAAGAUUCGCCCGUCUAUCAUCAAUACGCGGCUAUUCGGAAAUUCAAAGGUCCCGGCUCGGCUUACAAUCUGAAACCGGGCUCGAAUAGUAGUCCUACUAAUCAAACAUACCAACCGGCUAUUUUCAAGUGUCGCAAGUGUCGGCGUCGCCUGUUUACCUCAUCUAAUCUGGUCGGUCACUGUAGACCGGAACCGUCUGCCACGGAAGCUAUAGCGAAUGCAAUUCAAUCGGAUGAGGUGGAAGUAAACACAGUGCUCAUCAAGGGGGUCACAUUAAACGACUCGCUGACCCCGUGCACACUAAAUGAACUGUUUACGGAUCCACUCGAAUGGACCAGAUCUUACACACACGAGGUUGAAGGAAAAGCGGCCAACGCAUUUUGGUAUUCUGAUUUGGUGAAUGGAGAGCCAUGUACCUGUGGUACAUGGGUCACGCCAGCGUUUCAUUUCAAUCGGAAUCACUUAGACCGUGUGGAAUUUCAUUCAAAGCAACCCAUUCCGGAGCCACCUCCCCCUUCUACUGUGGAUCCAAGUCAAGCGGACACGAAUCUGGCGGGGGACAGCUAA